UGCUGAGCGCGAGACCAAGCUUACAGGGGCUACAUCAGUAGACUUACUCCACGUUUUUCACGGCGCAUAAGGGUAGUCUAGUACACCGAAUUAGGAUUUAAGGGUCUAGUAAUCAUACCUAAAUAGGUCGCAACACUACGGCACCUUUGGAUAAAAUAAAAGAACUGCAGGUUUCGCUAUCAACAACAUGGCUGGCCAAUUUAAGGCCAUUUUGACUUGUUUGUUUACGUUGCUGGCAAUCGUACACACAGUGAAUGGGGGAGAAUAUUGCUGCGCAUAUUACACAUCAUCUGACAGUUACAGAAACACGUUCUACUGUUCUGAGUACUGCUGCGGGACAUCUACCAGUAAAUACUGCUGUGACUCGUUCUUUCUCAGUUACUCCCCGAGUUAUUCCUUUAGAUCGUUAUGCCCCGCCGCCACCACUCCAACCACAACAACAGUAGGUUCAGGAGAAUAUUGCUGUGCUUAUUACACGUUAUCUGGCAGUUACAGAAGCUCGUUCUACUGUUCCAAGUACUGCUGCGGGACAUCUACCAGUAAAUACUGCUGUGACUUGCUCUUUAGCAGAUACUCCCCGAGUCCUUCCAGUACUUUGUUCUGCCCCGCAGCCACAAGGCCAACCACAACCACCGUCCCUACGGUAACUUCAGGAGAAUAUUGCUGCGCAUAUUACACGACAUCUGGCAGUUACAAAAGCUCGUUCCACUGUUCCCAGUUCUGCUGCGGGACAUCUACCAGUAAAUACUGCUGUUACACGUACUCAAGCAGAUAUUACAAGAGUUAUCCCUCUCUUUUCUCUUGUCCCGCCGCCAGAAACGACUGGAGUAGCUGGAGCAGCUGGACUUCGACUACUACAUCAGGCAUCAUAAAUGUUACCGGUGCUAUAGUAGGCUCUGUAGUCGGUUUCAUCGCCCUGUGUGUCAUCAUAGGAGUUGUCAUCUGCUGCGCAACCGGAUGCUGUGGGCAAAGAAGAGGAACAGUGACCAGACCCCCGGGUAACGGCAUAGUAAUGAUGAACACGCCGCCAACAACGCAAGGUUACCCAGUUGGGUACGCCCCACCACCAAAUACAGCGUAUGGGCCAGGGAUACCUCAACCGAAUGCGGCUUAUGGCCCAGGAACACAGCCACCGUAUACAGGGUAUGGGCCAGGAAUUCCCCCUCAACAGCCGCCAAACACGGAGUUUGGACCAGGAAUUCCACCACCACAGCCGCCAAACACAGGGUUUGGGCCAGGAAUUCCACCUCCCAAUAACCCAUUUGGACCAGGAUCGCCACCCAAUGCAGAGGCAGCACCACUUGAUGCCGCGAAAGGAACCGGAAAUGAUGCACCCCCACCCCCAUACCCGGGCACAGACGAUACUUACACCGCACUCCAACGUUAAUUCAUCUGGAGCAGAUAGACUUAAAUGGCCACAGUGUGCCGGUGUGGCAGGGGUGGCAGUCCUAGCAAAGGAAACCCGGGGUCCCAUAUGAUUAGUACAGGUCAGGGUUAGGCGAGGUAUUGGGGUUUAUUAUAUGGGACGAAUGUCACCUGUACAAAGUAAUGGGGAACAGACUAUGGUUUCUAGCGGACUACCAUUCUUGUCACAUGAGUUCUCAUUUAUUGCUGUGAUGCAUUCAAUCUCACCUUCGUGCCCUUUAUGACCAAAUCUUAUCUUUGCUGAAGCAUGUUCCCUUUAAUUGGUUUUUUUAAACCAAAUGAAUGUAUUUAGUGAUUUAUAUCUAACUCUGAAUGUGUAUCCGGUGUUAGUUUCUUUAACAGUGCCUGGUGAUUGCAGCUUUUGUGUAAAUAGAAGAAAUUGUCGUUAAAUGCUUAUGUAUUCAAGAAAGUGUUUAGACCUAAUGUGUUUAUAUAUAGUUCCCCAUAUCUUUUACUGAGUAUUAGUCCAAUCAUUA